CGCCAUGUUCCCGAGCUGACGGGUCACAUCGCGGGUCAGCGCAGGAGCCCGGAUGGAGGCGGAAGCGACCGAGCAGCGUCCGCCAGGGGGCGCAGCCAAUCGGAGCGCAGCAGGAGGCGUGGUCUGGUGGAGGCGUGGCUCCAGGCGGCCGUAUGGGUGGGCGUGACUAGGUAAAGGGGGCGGCACUCCGUCUCCAUGGUGACACAGAACGCGUUUUUCGGAAGCAGCAGCUCAGACCCGCGACCCUCAGCAUGUCCGGGCCCCAGGGGCCCCGAGCCCGACACCCCGGGACCAGCGUGCCUAAGAUGGCUUCGCACGUCAAGAAAGUCAUCAAUGUAUCUGGUUUCGUAACGCAGAGCCGAGCAAACAGAAGCAUGCAGGGAACUUCCAGCAGGAAAAGCAUAAGUGUCUACGGCGAUCACAAAAUCAUGGAUAAAUCCUCUGUAUCAAGCGGGAAGCAAACUGUACCGGUAUUUGAUGAAGAAGGAAAUAAUGUAACUCCUCGGCCAUUAUUCCAAGCGGAACCUGGUGCUGCGCCGCCCAAGCAGAGCAAACUGUUUACCCCACCAGAUGCCUCCGGCAUAGCAACAGUGUCCGAUUUCUUCUCAACUAUGUCUCUACAUACUGGGAUAAACGCCAGUUUUGUCGGCCCAUUUUCAAGGUCAACGUUUGGGGGCAGCAGUAUGUCCAUAUCAAGCCAAGGGACCGGUUCGCUGUCGGAAGAUAUGGAGGAGCCAGGAUUGAGACGUGAUGCUCUGCCCAUGUUGUCUGAGCAAGAUACUGUUCGGGAGCAGCCAGAGGAAAAAGAUCUGGAUAAGAUAAUUCAUGUAUUCCUGACGGAGACAGACACAAUAUGGCUGUUGGACAUGCCAGUAGCGGUGGUCUCCACGGAUGCUGAAGAAGCAGAAUUAAUCAAUAAUCGGAACCAAGCUUACACAGAGCUCUGCAAGACCAGAGCUGGAAAUGAUCGCUACAUUGAGAGAAUGAUGCAGACCUUUAACGGGGCUCCGAAGAGUAAGGAAGUUCAGAGUGAGCCAAUUGUCCUUGAAGACGUUGGUGUUAUGGCUUCAGUGUGGGACAUGUAUGAUUCAUUUAAUGCACCGGAGAAGCCACCAGUGGAUGCUGCAGCAGAGGUAACCGCUAGAUCAGAGAGAUCCGAGAGUGUGGCCAGCAGCCGAUCCAACGUGAGCAGGAGAACAACAUCUAGCGCCUCUAUGGACAGAGCUGAUAUGUUCUCCAGCACAGUCACGGACAUAGACAAGCUGCCUCUUGCGCGGAUCCCGGAUGAGACUGAGCCAGAUGGGGAAGAAAUAAUAAACUCUGAGAAGUUCCAGCAAGAUCUGUUCAUUAUGGAGAGAGUUGUUGUAGAAAACAUAUUCCAGCCGAAGCUUGCGGCAUACCGGCAGCUCCCGAUUAUUAUAGAUCCAGACGCUGCAGAUGACGCAGAAGUUCUGACCAAAGUGACGUCUCCCAGUAUAAAUAGGUUGUGGUCCUUUGUGUGUGAGGUGACGAAAGGACGAAACGUGAGCGGCACAUCGUGGAACAAGAAGAACCCGGACCUGCUGGCCGUUGGCUAUGGAGAGUUCGGGUUUAAAGAACAAAAGGGAGGACUGGUCUGUUGCUGGUCGCUGAAGAACACAACGUGGCCGGAGCGGAUAUACCACUGUGACAGUGGGGUGACGGCUCUGGACUUCUCUGUGUCUUCUCCGGACCUCCUGGCGGUGGGGAUGUAUAAUGGCACAGUUGCUAUUUACAAUGUGCAGAAUAAAGACAAUGUUCCGGUGCUGGAUAGCAGUGACAACCCGAACAAGCACACGUGUCCGGUGUGGCAGCUGAAGUGGGUAGAGCAGGACCACGGCAGUCUCGGCGAGGACAAGGGAGAGAUCUUGGUGUCCAUAUCUGCAGACGGCAGGAUAACACGGUGGCGAAUAAGGAAAGGGCUGGACUGUAAUGAUCUGAUGAGAUUAAAGCGCACAGGAAGUGACAGAUUCAAAGAGUCGUCAGGAGAAAAAGAGAAAAAGGGAGUAGCAUUUAUCUCCCGGCAGGCUCCAGGGAUGUGCUUCGAUUUCCUUCCAACGGACUCAAAUGUAUACCUUGCCGGGACGGAAGAGGGCCAUAUACACAAGUGUUCAUGCUCAUACAAUGAGCAAUUCCUGGACACGUACCGGGCACAUAAGGGUCCGGUGUAUAAGCUGGCGUGGUCUCCCUUCUCCCCGGACGUGUUUCUUAGUUGCGCAGCAGAUUGGUGCAUCCAUUUAUGGCGCCAGGACAUUCUGAAACCCAUCUUAACAUUUUCGUCAACAACCAACGCUGUCCAUGAUAUUAUGUGGUCUCCCACCCUCCCGCUGGUUUUCGGGGCAGUGAAUGAGAAUAGGAUAGAGAUCUGGGAUUUAAGCGUCAGCACUUUAGAUCCGAUCAUCGUCAGCUCGGCUAACCCCGGAGUGAAGCUCACGACACUGUUAUUCGCCCACAACACGAAUUGCGUCCUGAUAGGAGACAGUGACGGACAAGUUAGUGUGUACACACUGAGAAAUGUCUCCAGCUGCGGCGCUGCACAGGUGAACGCUUUAUAUGAUCUCAUUGGAGCGACCCUGGCGUGUCAGCUGUAAUGUAUCAGCUCUGGUGAUGUCGUGGAACUAAUGUGACAUUGCUCCAAACAAUAAAACCUGUUUAUUUGUGAAAA